AUGGGCGAACACGAACCCGUCGUAUCGCACGGGCGAGGAGGCCAAGGAAACAUCGGCGCCGACUCAACCCAAUACGUCGACGGCGGCAUCGUCCGUGAAGGUCCCUACGGCGACCAAGGCGACGGCGCAUACUCAGCCGGGCGCGGCGGCGCAGGCAACAUCGGUUCUCCCCACGUGCGUCCCGCAACCGGAACUCCCCACGACGCGGAAAUCAUUCCUGAGUUGGCCAUUCGCGGUUCCACCGACGGCGACUAUCAUACCGGGCGCGGCGGCCAAGGAAAUGUCCAUCUCGACGAGGCACAUAAGAAACGGGAGGAGGAGAAGAAGCAUCAGAAAGCACUGGCGCAUGAUGGGCUGGCGGAUAAGUUGAAGUAUAAGCUUUUUGGGAAGAGGUGA